AUGGCUACCCACGAUGCAGCCUUCGAUAUGGCAGACUUUGUUGAUUUCGGAGACACAAGCAUACCCGGCGUAUCACAAGGGACAGACCUCAACAUAACGGAGCCGGCAUUGGACCAAAGUCCCCUACUAGGACAAGAUGACUCCAGAGGGCUUGUGCAAUCGACCGAUGCUCAAACUACCGACAUCGACUUCAACACUGACUUUAGUACCUGGCUGCCAACAUACCAAAAGUCCGUCCAGCCAUGUGAAUACUGCAGAUCAAUGUCCCUCGAGUGUUUCAUCUACAACGUCGACGGUACCAAGCAGCUAGGCUGCUCCCCAUGCAAUGCUCUGUUCCGGCCAUGCAGCUUCAGCAAUCCGGAAAGGAUGCCAGCAAUGAAGCAAAGAACGGCACUCGACACGUUAGAUGUCGUGGCAGAAAACGACAUGCGAUGCUUCGGUGGACUCACCGGAAGGAAGCAGAUGCGAUCCUUGGGUCACGUUGGUCCCAUAACGGACGACAACGGAGACCAGUGCUCUAAGAGUGCUGCUGUGUCAGCGCGCUUCCCAAGAGCUGCUGUCAGCAUCCUGAAAAACUGGAUGCUCAUGCACAUCGAUCAUCCCUAUCCAACAGAAGAAGACAAGGAGACGUUGAAACAGCAAACUGGCUUGUCCAUUGGCCAGAUCUCCAACUGGAUGGCCAAUACGCGGCGAAGGCAGAAGGCACGACCCAAGCGAAGUGCAUCGCCGAGCAUCCGACCAUCGACAAAGGUCAUCAACAUUCCCGCGGGUAAAACCUGGGAAAGCAUGGGUCCGUUCGAACGAUGGAAGCACUCUCCUCCUGAAAACGAGCCUGCACCUCUCAACGCUAUUGCUCACGCUGUUGAGACCUUUGACCCGCCGCAGUCCACCAGCCAGAGCAGCAGCUACCGCAAAGAUGCUUCUAAUGAUAGCACUGGGAGCUUCUCGGUAUUCAAGGCACCUUCCAUCUCUUCGUUAGAGACUGGUCUCACCAAGAUGUCCUCCGGUUCUCGGGGAUCCCGGGACUCUGCCUACUCAUACGGAUCCCGACACUCACUCGGCUCUUUGAAUAGUCUCAAGUCAAAAGAAAGGCGAAGGCGCCGACGAAUUCCUACUCGUGUGUCAAAGCCUAGCCCCGACGAAGGACAAAGGAUGUUUCAAUGCACAUUCUGCACUGAUACUUUCAAAUCCAAGUACGACUGGUCUCGCCAUGAGAAGAGCCUUCACUUGUCUCUUGAAAAGUGGCUUUGCGCACCCCUUGGCGAGAUCGUUGCCGAUAAGGCUACCGGCAAAUCCAAAUGUGUCUACUGCGACGAGUUGGAUCCUAGCAAAGAACACCUGGCGACACACAACCACACUGCUUGUUAUGAAAAGGGCCCCGAGUCUAGGACCUUUUAUCGGAAAGACCACCUUCGACAACACCUGCGACUUAUGCAUGGUUGCAAGAUGACUGCAAGCAUGGACACUUGGAAGUCUGAAGCACAAUAUAUCAAAUCCCGUUGUGGGUUUUGCGGCAUGAUCUUUGACAAGUGGCAGGACCGUGUCGAUCACCUUGCAAAGGAGUUUCGUAACGGAGCCAGUAUGAAGAAUUGGAAGGGCUGCCGUGGUCUAGAUCCCCAUGUAGCCAUACACGUGACCAACGCGAUGCCGCCAUAUCUCAUUGCUAAUGAGAGAAAGUCACCCUUUCCAUUUUCGGCAAGCAACUCUUCAAGUCUGCAGCAAAUCAAUCUGUCACUCGAGAUGCGAGACUUGGAGUACCUACUUCCCAACAACUAUGACCUAUCCAUCGCCUACCAAGACGGCAAGGAUGCUUCAUCGGUUGGGCCAAUCAUCUUGACCACACCCGAGGACUUCCCAGCGUCGGGACAAUCGGAUCACAAUCCUAAUGCAACAUGCUGGGAAAUUCUGACUCUACGACUUGGACGCUUUGCAAGACGGCAUAUUAAGGAGCACGGUGCUGGAUCUGUGACUGAUGAGAUGUUGCAAGUUGAAUCGCGCCGUAUUCUUUAUGGUGAUGACGAUCCCUGGAAUCAAACUUCUGCAGACAAUCCCGAAUGGCUCAAUCUCUUCAAGAAAGCACAUGGCAUCGACUCCAAAGCCCCAGUCAAAGGCAUCAUCACAGAGCAUGACGUUUACGAGGAUCUGGGCAUCAACUCCGGCGCCAUUGUUGACUCUAGCUUCGACGUCAAUAACUUUACUUGUGCAAACCUACCUGAGAACGAUCCGUUGCGGGCACUCUCUUUCGAGUGUUCGCUUUCAGGCUCGUUGGGACAUAUCAAAGGACAUGUGCGACAGCUCUCCUCGGGCCGUCAAACACCCUACAGCGUACCUGGGCUGAGCAGAUCACCUACAUCGCCCGCUUCCUUUGCACCAGCAACAACUACAACAGCAGCCAACGAUGACCAACUCAUAGGCAUAUACGCGCCCAUUUCAGAACUCGCAUGCCCCGCCAACGGCGCCAAGGGGCCUUGCUUUGGCGAGCACGGCGAACUUGGUUUCGCCAUCAACAACCCCGGAUCCCCUAAAAGACGAUACUGGAUGGAUGAAGCAACCACACAAAUCUCGCCCCUGACUCCUCUUCUCGGCCACCAACAGCAACCCGUAUACGAUGGUAAGACUGCUCUCAGCAACCCCGGUGCCACGACCACGACCACGACCACGAUCACAGCCGAUGACUUCCAAUUCCCCUCGUGGGACGAACUCCCAGAGCACCUGCAGAACCCGACGAGCAGUUCUGAAUACAAUCUUGCCGGCGUGAGCACGUCUACUACCGAGAAUAUCUUGGCGAUGCCGUGGGAUGAUACCAUGGAUUUUGCCAUGGAUAUGGAUUUGAUUUGAGUUUGAUGGAGAGACGAGAUUUUUUUUCUUCUAAAAAAAAAGUGUGGGAUUUUAGUACUGGUUACUUUGCUAAAUGCAAUGAAGGAAGGGGGAAAGAUGGCGACGGUCGAUAUGAUAUACAUCUUUGCCCCCCCUUUUUUGGGCGGGAUUCGCUAGGGUAAUGUGAUGGUGUUUGGUGGUAUCUGUCUAUUUUUUUUCUUCUAUCCCUUCUUUGAUUAAUGAGUUCAUGAUAUACCAUCCUUGUACACAUUUUUCUUUUCACGCGCUCUCGCUCUCUCUCUCUCUUUUGGGCAACAAAGUAGAAAAAUUCUGAAUAGAACUUUUCCUUGGU